AUGUCCAUUGCCUGCAUGUAUAGGGGUCCUAGGGCCACGCAUUCGGAGAACCAACAGACAAUCCAGGCACUAAACAACUUAGCUCGAAAUUCGACCGGACUGGUCAUUAUGGGUGACUUCAAUCUUAGCAAGGACGCCGAACUGAAGGCAAUUCUCAGUGGUGGGUGCAUACACUGUCAGCAUAUUGCCGGAAGAAAUCUGGACGCUCGAUUGGCCGUGGUCAUUAUCGGUCCUGUGCAACCUGACCUGACCUGGCUGGAAAAUCAGGAACUUCAGAAGAAUGGACACAAGUAG